CAGAGUUCAAGGUCAUCAGAACAACAGGCGCCUGUAUGACCUCAUGCCUCUGACUCCUGAGUGUGAACGUCAGCGUCUGGAAGUGAACUAAUCCUCUGAAACGUUCCUGACGUGGGAUAAACUACAGAAAAGUGGAUCUGUGAACUGGAUUAUUUUCUCUGUUUUAGAGAGUCUGAAGGAGAUCCCCGUGUGGAAGGGAAAACUUCUCCGUCCUUUACGGUAAACAGCAGAAUCACGGAAGCAGCGCGAGCGCUAGAGAGAGAGAGAGAAAGAGAAAGAGAGAGAGGAAAACGACAAGACAGAGACCAAAGCAACUGAUUUCCUGCAGCGAUGGCCACCACAGAGCAGGUGUACAACGCCACCACCACAGCAGCACAAGACCACACAACACCACCGAGUCGAUGGUUCAUCGUACCGAAUCGCAACCUGCACUUUAUCAGAUUUUUUGUAAAAAUCGCAGAAGUGCUCCUGUCCUUCGUGGCGUUCGUCCUGGAGGAAGUGGUGAACACUUGCACUUCCUGCAGCGCUCUUUACUUCUUUGAGUUUGUGAGCUGCACGGCCUUCCUCUUCACACUCCUCCUCCUCAUCCUCCUCUCCACGCCACUGCACCAGAAAGUCGGCAUCACCUGCUGGCCCAAACUGGAUUUCGGAUACUCAGCUCUGAUCAGUGUGUUUUUAAUCAUCGCCUCCAUCGCAUUCGCAGCGAAUAACAGCGGCUCAGGAGUGGAGAGGGCCACCGUGGCUUUCGGCUUCCUCGCCUCCUUCGCCUUCCUCACAGAUGUGAUCAUCUUCUACAAGAAGGAAGGUUUCCCGUUUUCUGGCACGAAUAAGGAGCCAGUGGUGUGUUCGCCUGAACCGAUGCCCGAGAUCGAGAAGCUAAACGUCAACGGUACCAACGGUACCAACUGAUCCAGCCCUGAUUCAUAUCCCACAUCCACGCGAUCAUGAAUUUCUGAGCUUAAACCCGUUCCGCUGCAGAACUGUACACCGUUUAAUUUAUGAAGCUUUUUAUUUUAUUUUUUUUUCCCAUGAAAUUCACGCAUCACAGAUUUUACGCAUUUAAUUGCACCAGUUUGUAAUAUUUAUGAUAUAAAAAAACGUGACUUUUCUUACGAUUACCAAAUUUCUGGAAGUAACAUUUCAAUGAAUUUUUAGGUAGCAUUUUUUAAAAAAUCUUUGUAACGAAUUUAUACAAUAUGUGCCUUUUAGUGUAAGUAAUAAUUCAUAUUUGAAAAUCAACAGCACAGAACGGUGAAUGUGAACACUCCCGGUGAUCUGCACUCUCCCCUCGAACACGCAGGAGGAAGCUUCCUAUGCAGGCGCUAUAGAAAUAAAGACGUUCCUCCUGUUAGAGAAGCGUCACGUGUGUCCAAUAAUUCCAUGUGUGAGAGGAUGUGUGUGCAGAAUUCCUCCACUGACAUUUUUCAUUCCUUUUUAUUCGGAUCGCGUGUGAAGACGACGCGGCCUUGUCACGCUAACAUCGAUCAUUUUAAAAAUUUUUAAAAAGAUGCUUUUAUCUUACAGUAGGCUUAAUGUUAGCCAGGGGUUAAAUCACACACUGUGUGCACACAUCAUCAUCACCAGGGUGAAUAUUUAUUAAUCUGACAGCGUGCACCAGCUUUACUUCACUUUAAAAACACACAGGCUCCUUAAGGGUGGCCGUUUGCUCCUAACUAAGCAAAACGAACGUGUUUCCAGGACGCUUUGUAGACUUUUAAAAACCUCCUCGCUAAACUGUGUUGCAUGAUGACGCUUUGAAAUAUCACGGCGUGUUCUGUAAUGGUGUUAGGCUUUAAAAAGUAGUGUGUACGAUUUGAAAAGUGCAUGUUUGGAGCUUUGUUUUUGAGCCGCUCUUCAAGCCGGACGUGAGAAGGAGGAGUUAGAGUUUUUCCUCGAGUGUGUUUGUGCUGCUGCUUGUACAGGAACCCGGAAAUCAAACUGCCAGGACGGUGUGAUGGAACAAACGCUGCUGUAUAUUUCCCGCGUCUUCUACGUGCAUGUGAGACACGAAGCCACAAUUUCUGCAACUGCGACUUUCUCAAUUCUAUUCAAAUUAAGCAUACUGCUCUAAAGAAGCUUCGCAUGAUUCCUCGGACCAAUCCUACGGCGCGUGUGGUCCGACGUUCCUUCAGUUCCCCGCUCACAGCUUUAGGUCCUACCUGCGAUUAUCUUCCGCCAGCUAAGAAAAGAGAAAUAAAUCUUUGGAAGAAAGUAGCAGAGAUCAUUGGUGCGGGCAUGUAACUCGUACAGUUAGCUUGCUUUGCUAAUCUGCUAAUUCGCUGGACAGGCCACACCCACAACACAAGAGAAGCUACAAGUACCUGGUGUGACUUUUUCACCUGCUAGUGUGAACAGGUUAACAGUUCUGUUUUCAGUGAAUCAGAUCAUUUGAUUCCGAGUCGACUCUUUUGGUGCUGAAAUGACUCUAAACCGGACAAAGUUUGCAAUAUUUUAACCACUGAUUGUUCUUCUUCGCCUGAUUAUGACUGAAAAGGUUUCCUGAGCUCUUACUUUACCUUCUGUUUAACAGAAUAACAUCAGCUCUCGGCGUUCACCUAAAAGAGCCGACUCGUUCACGGAUGACAGACUGAAACCACAGAAUCUUCUCAAAAGAGGUUUUUAUUUGAAGGACACCAUCAGCAUAACAUUAAGUACACACUUGCAGCGAGUGUAUCGAGGAGCAGAACUUUUGUGUAGUAAAAUGCUGAAACUCAGCAGUAAGAAUAACUGCUGAAGCGAAUUCCCUGCGGUUUAUUUCCUCCGAUUAUCAGAUACUAAGUUUCGCAGUAACCCAAUUCGAACACGGCUGAUCGGAUAUAUUUUGGAGAUUUUAAAUAUGUUUUUGCUUCUCUUCAGAUUUUUUGCUCUCUUUCUCAAGUCCAUGUGAUGUCUGCUAAAGUAACAAGAAGGGAAGUUGAUGAGGUUGUGUUAAAAACAGCACUGGAACUGAGUCCAAAAACACACAGAGGAUGUUUAAAUUCUCUAAAAUGAUAAACCGAAGGGCAAAAGUAGAAAAAUCCUAAAUUAAAUAACAGAUCUUGGCUUUGCGUUCACACAGCAAGUGAUGAGUCGCGGGUGUGGCUCCAGGUUUGACAGCUGUGGGCGUGGCCUGUACUGUCGUGUGUGCGUGUGUGUGUGUAUAUAUAUAAAUCCAUAUAUAUAUUGCAAAUAUUUUAAAAUGUAGGCUAAUUUUGUACAAAAAGACUGUGCUGCUCAGUUUUCUCUCCGUGUUUGGAUGGAGGAGGAGAAAGUGAAGUGCUGAGAAUUGGCCGAACGUGGGAUUAGUCAGAGGAACUGCAUCACGGCUAAUUUGCAUAAAAUUAACAUCUCAAUGUUUCUAAAUGUUCUUCAACAUUGCUAGCGUGAAUGAGAAUUUUUAAAGUCCAGGUGCGGAAUAUCACACUUUAAUCAGUCUGAUAUCUGAGUGUCAUUUUGCAAACUUUAUUUCUGCAUAAAUCUAAUUAUUAUGAGUUUUUAACAUGAUUCAGGCACAACAUGUUCGUGAGCCGUGAUUCACGCGAGAUCUUUCUAAAUCUUCCUUUCCUGUGGUUCUGAUUAGCAUGUGUGAGUAAAACAGCUGGUCAGGAGUGUACAGAUGUUUCUAUUCCUUAUAGAUGUAGUUAUAAGUAAAGCGCGUCCUUCCUCGUUCCCUCGAUGUUGCAGAGGAUUCAGUUACGUGUGAUUCUGAUGUAAUUUAGUCACAGCUGUUUUUUAUACUGAGUGAAAAGACAUAGUGUAGUGGACCUGUGUGUGUGUUGGGGUGUGUGUUGGGGUGUGUGUGGGUGUGUGUGUGUUGGGGUGUGUGUGGGUGUGUUGGGGUGUGUGUGUGUGUGUGUGUGUGUGUGCGUGCAUGGGGCCAGCCGUUCGCUUGUUAAAUGCCCGACCUCACAAACGGACUGCAAUUCUGUCAAAAUAAAUAUUCCGACUUGCACGAGCACCUUCCGAUUUUUCCAGCAAUUUCCACACUAGUGCUAAUUAAUUAUUAAAAUAUUCCACAUGAUUUUAAUAUAAACCUAAAUUACCAUAUUAAACUGUGCAUAACAAGCUUAGAUGACUCUGCUUUAUUAUUAACAAUGCUGUUUAACAGUAACACACACUUUUUAUGAUUUAUUUUCACCAGACACCAGCAAUCCAACUCGUCCAACACACAUGCAUUAAUUCCAGUUUAAUCGUUAAUCAGUGAUUAAUCAUUGUCUUAACGUUUAUUUCUCCUGUGUGAGUUUUAAACCUGUGUAUGUUUUCUGACUUUUUAAAGACAAUCAUGCAAUAAAACACGAGGGAACACACACACA